AUGUAUACUUCUCUCUUUCUCUUGUCGUCCCUGGUGAUCGGAGCCUUUGGGGCUGCGCGGACGACAGCACCCUCUGGCGCGAUUGUUGUUGCCGAGUCUGGUGGCGACUUCACUUCCAUUCAGAAAGCUGUCGACUCCGUUUCAUCCUCCGACGCUGUCAUCUUUGUGCAGCCCGGAACAUACGAGGAGCAGGUCCUCAUUCCGGAUACGGUCGGCGCCCUCACCAUCUACGGCUACACCGAAGACGACCAAGACUACAGCAAGAACCAAGUCAUCCUCACCCACAGCCUCGGCGCCGAUGAGGCCGGCAAUAACGACUCCUCGGGCACCCUCCGUGCGAAGAACGACGGCCUCAAGGUCUAUAACAUCAACGUGGUCAACUCCCGUGGCAAAGGCGUGCAGGCUAUUGCGCUGAGCGCGUACGGCUCUGAGCAGGGCUACUACGGCUGCCAGUUCUCCGGAUACCAGGACACCAUCCUGUCCAACAAAGGCUAUCACUACUUCCACGGCAGCUACAUCGAGGGUGCCACCGACUUCAUCUUCGGCCAGGAGGCUAUUGCCUGGUUUGAUAGCUGCACAAUCGGCAUCAGCGGCAGCGGUUACAUCACGGCGAGUGGCCGUGACAGCGAGGACAACCCGUCCUGGUACGUCAUCAACAAGUCCACUAUCGAGGCUCUCUCCGGAGUUGACGAGGGCGCCACCUACCUCGGCCGCCCGUGGCGCACGUAUGCUCGCGUCGUCUUCCAGAACAGCGAGUUGGGCUCUGUUGUCAACGCUGCUGGCUGGAAGGCUUGGGGUGAUAACCCAACCGACAAUGUCUACUACGGAGAGUUUGGAAACACCGGUGACGGUGCUAGUGGCGAUCGCGCGAGCUUCUCACAAGAGCUCAGCAGCGCCGUUUCCAUCGAGGACAUCCUGGGCUCGACUUCGUGGCUCGAUUCCGACUACAUCGGCGGCACCAGCUCACCUGAAGAACCCACCACGCCCAUCGCCACUGUUGUUCGAUCAUCCGCAGUCCAAAGUUCGGCAGUUAUCGAAAGCGCCGUCGAAAGUGCUGUUGAUUUGACUGCUAUUCCCAGCUCGACCGUUCUUCUUGCCGUCACCCCGACUUCUGCCGCUUCGGUCGAGACUCCUGGAUCGUCUACUGAUGACUGCAGUGGCACACCUGACGGCUUCGCAUCCUUGAACGGAGGAACUACCGGUGGAAGCGGUGGCGAGAUUGUCGUCGUGUCGACUCAGGAGGAUCUUGAGACAUACGCAGCCAUGGAGGGCAAAUACGUCAUCAAGGUUUCUGGAGUCAUCACCAUCACUCCCAAGGGCAAGGAGGUCGAGGUUGUCUCCGACAAGACCAUUGUCGGCAUCGGUGCGGAUGCCGAGAUCAACGAGGGUGGCUUCAACCUGCAGAACGUGGGCAAUGUCAUUUUCCGUAACAUCAAGAUCGGCAACACGUAUGUCGAAGGAGAUGAAGAGGGCAAGACUCAAGAUUGGGACGGCAUUCAAAUGGAUAACUGCACCAACAUCUGGAUCGAUCACGUCCACCUGGAGCACGGAGGUGAUGGUCUCAUUGACAGCCGAAAGGACACGACGUUCCUCACUGUGUCCUGGACCAUCCUACGUAACCACAAUAAGGCUUUCGGCAUUGGUAUAUUCCACGUACCUCACAACUUGUCUACAAGCUAA